AUGCGCAUACGCGAAGAUGGCAGAGAGGAGCGGCGAUCAGUCGUUUGCGUCUCAGUUUCUAUUCAGCAAGACUCACAGAGCACGUCAACGCGUCAGCUUAUGACCUUCCAGUUGACAGACGAGGCCGACUCCUUCUUCCUGUACACCCUCAGGAUUUCGGAAGAAGAGUUCCAGAACGUGAAGAACGAUCAGAGUAUCUUGGUGGACUUUGCGGAGUUUCCCAACAAAUUCAUGGAGCUACUAGAGUGUUGCCUGCAAAAGGAUGAGGAGGAACCUCCGAAAUUCACAGCGAGCUUGUUGGCGAGUGGAAACCAGGCAUCACUCAACAUAGUUGAGACCAACCAGUUCAAGAAUCUGACGCACCUGAGGCUAGAGAUGAGGCCAGGGAACGAUCAUGCCGUCAAGCAGUAUUUGGCUGGCGAGCUCGCUAAAGUCAAGUACGCGAGGAACUCUCUCCUUGAGCAGCUGCGACAAGUCAACAACGAAUUACAAGACAGGAUGAAGGAUGCGGACAAGAAGAUCUCAGCGGCGGAGGAAGAUGCCAAGACUGCUCGCCAAGAACUCGGGGAUCUGAAGUUAAGACAUGCGUCAGAUUGUGCGACGUUGCGUGAACAGGCCGUAAGCCUCCAGCAACAAUUGCAGCAGCAGUCUGAUGCAGAUAAGAGUGAGAUGUCAAAGAAGUAUCAGGAUAAAGAACAGAGCUUGCAGAGACAGGCAAUUCUGAUGAGUGUGCAAAUCGUACUUCUGAGACUUGUGCAGUUGGAUGAAUUGAGAUUGAAGUAUGACUCUAUUUACGACGAAAAAUCGAAUUUGUUGUCAGCGAACAAGGAUAUGCAGGGCAAAAUUGAGAGUUUAGAGAACGAGGUCAAGAUCUUGAGGUCAGGAAGUCUGCAGAUGUUGCCUUAUCUUGUUGUAUUUGACUAUUUGUUUUUAUUUCAGCUUGUCGAUUCUGCUCAUGCACAAAAGUCUAACCUGGAAGAGACUCUGCGCAUGGUCCGUGACCAGAACGCGAAACAGGAGGAGCAGAUUCGCAACUAUGGGGUGGAAUUGAACAAGGCCAGCGAGAAUGCAGAGAGACUGCAGAAUGAACUCAAAACCAUCAAAACCAAGCUGAAAGUGAAAACUGCUGUCGUGUUGCAACAAGAGCAGGUUCCCUACUUCAUCAGUGUCGACAACACCUCACUUACAUACCCCAAGGUGUUAGACGACAAGGAAAAAUCUUUGCUUGAUCAGCAACACCAGUGCAAAUCGUUGGAACAAACAAUUCUUGAGAAAGAUGGAAGAAUCGAUAUUCUCAAUGCAAAAUUGAAACAGGCAGAGUCACAACUGCAAGAGGCCGAAAAGACUCUUGCGAGCAAUCAGAAUGUGAUUGCGUGGCUGAACAAAGAAAUAAAUGAUGCCCAAAUGAGCACCCGAGGUGCAUACAAUCCAUCCAAGCCGCUGAUCAGUAACCAAGAAGCUCACUCUCCAAAGUACCAGUUGAGCUCUAUGUCUAUGACCGGAAACAUUGCACCUUACCGCAAUCCUGAGUCGUUUUCAAAGGGCAAAAGCUCCUACUUCAGCGAUGAAGCAUACUCGACCUCCAAGGCUGGCAACGCUCGACCGGACUCCUCCACCUUGUCAUCUGGUGUCUCGAGCUUCACUUCUGCUGCCCGAGCCGAGACUCUCACGCCGCUGCGACACGUGGAGUACAAAGUUCAACAGCCUGUAAUGGCUGAGUAG